AUAAUGGAGUUAGGUGAAACCGUGAAGCCCCACAACACGACACUUUUGACAUCAUAAACUAAGCCCACGUCACCCGGCACUUCCCGUUAUUCUGCGAUACGACAAAACCCAGAUCCUCCACCGCCACCGUUACACCACCGUCACACCACCACAACCCCACCACCCUUAUUCUCGUUUUAAAUAUUAUAUUAUAACAGCUGUAAACUAACGACCAACAGAAAGAACCCAAGAGUCUUAUAACACCUGCUUUCCUUCCUAUUCUUCUAACAAUCUCCGCCAACCUUCACCAUUUAAAUACACCUUUUUCUCAUCUCUCUCUCUAAACCCACCUCCCUCUUUCUUCUUUCUCUCUCUAGGGUUUCUACCAACCCACAUUCAUGGCUUUCUCUUCACUUCUCCGAUCAACCAACCCACCACUUGUUCUCGAAACAUCCCGUCAGUCUCUCUCCGCCACUCGACCGGCCCCAAAGCUUCAGUCCGCCUCGUUUGGUUCGGUUGGAUCUACGUCUUUACAGUUGAGGACAUUUCAUUCACGAAGAAAUUGUUUAAUUAAGGCUACUGCUACGCAGAUGCCGUCAAUUGUUACGAAGUCUGGUACCAGUGGGAAGACUAAGGUUGGAAUUAAUGGUUUUGGAAGAAUUGGAAGGCUGGUAUUGAGAAUAGCAACAUUUAGAGAUGAUAUCGAGGUUGUUGCGGUUAAUGACCCUUUUAUUGAUUCCAAGUACAUGGCUUACAUGUUGAAGUAUGAUUCUACACAUGGUCCAUUUAAAGGAACCAUCUCGGUUGUUGAUGAAUCCACUUUGGAAAUCAAUGGGAAGCAUAUUAAAGUUACUAGCCAAAGAGACCCUGCAACCAUCCCUUGGGGUGAUUUUGGAGCUGACUAUGUUGUAGAGUCUUCUGGUGUUUUUACAACUCUUGAUAAGGCUUCAGCACACAAGAAGGGUGGUGCGAAGAAGGUGGUGAUCUCCGCUCCAUCAGCCGAUGCGCCUAUGUUUGUUGUAGGAGUAAACGAGACCACCUACAAGCCAAACAUGGAUAUUGUAUCUAACGCAAGCUGCACCACUAAUUGCUUGGCUCCUUUGGCCAAGGUGGUUCAUGAGGAGUUUGGUAUUGUUGAAGGUCUAAUGACAACCGUGCAUGCAACCACAGCUACACAAAAAACCGUUGAUGGGCCUUCAAUGAAGGACUGGCGUGGAGGUCGUGGUGCGGCACAAAAUAUCAUCCCUAGUUCAACUGGUGCUGCCAAGGCUGUUGGGAAGGUGUUACCAGAACUAAAUGGAAAAUUGACGGGUAUGGCCUUUAGGGUCCCGACAGCUAAUGUUUCUGUUGUGGAUUUAACUUGUCGACUUGAGAAGAGUGCUUCUUAUGAAGAUGUUAAAGCUGCAAUUAAGUAUGCUUCUGAGGGUCCCAUGCAAGGAAUCCUUGGGUACACUGAUGAAGACGUUGUCUCCAAUGAUUUUGUUGGUGAUUCCAGGUCAAGUAUCUUUGAUGCAAAGGCCGGCAUAGGGCUAAGUGCAUCAUUUGUGAAGCUGGUAUCCUGGUACGACAAUGAGUGGGGUUACAGCAAUCGGGUGUUGGAUCUGAUUGAGCAUAUGGCAUUGGUUGCAGCCUCCAACUGAAAGAGCACAAUGUUUCUAUUUCUUUUUUCUUGAAAUGAUAGUGUAGAAUUGAACCAAUGGUUCGAUAUUUGAACCGGACUGGAUGGUAGCUCUAUUGUCAUGGGUUUGACACAAACAUGGGAAAUAAAAAACAUUUGGUUGGCAUUUGCUAUCUUAUAAA